CCCGCGAGGUUUCGGGGGCCUGCGGGAGCCGCCGCGUCGCUGUGGUGACGGGACGCGAGCCCUCCGCCGCUCGGGGAAGCCGUGGGUUCGAGCCCCGCCGCCGCACGGUGCCUCGGCAGGCUCCCGAGCCGUGGAGGUCCCUGCGGGGCUGACUGGUGGGAAGGAACCUGCUGCUGCAGCUCUUCCCAGUAUGUCACAGCCAAUACCAGUACAGAUCACAGUCGGGAAUGCUCAGGACCUGAAAACUCUCAAAAGCAGCUUGCUGCUUACGGUGGUGCGUGUGGAGUACAACGGAGCAGGCCUGGGAGAGUCCUCCAAGACUAAUGUGCUGCCAGAUGGGACAGCAGAAUAUGACUUCAGCACCAGCUUUGAGUACAGCCCCGAUGGGCCCAACUCCUUGGAUGUCCUUGUGCAGAAACCACUGCUCUUGACACUGCUAGAAGUGGCAGCAAAGGAGAAGAAAAAAACAGAGAAAGUCACUCCUCUUGCCCAAGCUGUGGUGGACCUUCUACCUCUGCUGCAAGGAGUGCGCUCACUGAAGGUUCUUGCUCCUUUGUAUGCAGUGCCUGCCUUCCCAUCAGCGAUGCCUCACCCCGAGGCCACGGCUGGCCUUGAAGUGAUAGUGAGCACCAAAGAGCUCCUGCUCUCUGCCACCCAGUUCUCAAGUGGAAACCUCCUGAGCAUCACGCUGGAGGCAGCUUAUUCUGUCCCUGAAGCCUUUACUCCUGACGCCCAGCAAAACUACAUGGCUUGUUUGCAAAUACCAGCAGCUGGUGAGAAAGAAUUGCCAUUGCUCUUCAAGAAUGGCAUCCUGAAAGCUGAUGGUGAAAAAGAACCAUUCCCCCGGCCCAAAAACUGGCCCCUUGGCCCCCUCCUGGCCCCUGAUGCUCUGAACAUACCUAACUCCUUUAUUGUUGGUGGGCCCUAUGAGGAUGAGGAUGGAGAGCUCACCAAAAGCGAGGACAGGGCAUUCAGGAUCCAGGCCGAGAGCUCGAGGAGGGUGGUGUGGGACACAGAAAUACGCUGUUUCCUGGAUGCUGCUGCAGUGGCCACCCUGCAGUCGCGCAUUGCCGAGUGCCGCCACUGGCCCGUGGAGCUCUGCAGGAUGUCCAUGUCCUCAGGUGGCAAAGGCAAAGCCAGCAAACUUGACAAGAGAGAUGAGGACAAGCAGAUUGCCUUCCAUGGCGUGGCAUAUGUCAACAUGUUGCAUUUGCUGUGCCCUGGGGUGAAGCAGAUCCGAGGGGCCUUCCGUGUCUUUAACUACCAGGACAGCGAGGUGUUUGAGAAGACCAGAGUUCAGUACAGUAUUUUCCGGGACCGCAGGUCACAGCUCAGUCUGGGCAAGGAAAGGCUGGGGACCUCUCCUGGCAGCAAAGCUGCUCCCAAUAAGACUCAGAAGGAAGAGAAAGAUUCCAAUGCAACGCAAUACAGCGAGGCAGGAACGUUCCUGGUGAUGGAGAUAAAUCUGGACAGGCCCUUGGUCCCAAAGCGGCUGCGGGAGGAGCUGGUCCAGCGGGUGAAGGAGCUGAUUCCUCCCCACCCUGCGCUGCCCCCGCGGACGGAAGGAGCCAAGAAGGUGGUGGAGGAUUAUCACAAACGUGUCACAAGUGUUGCUGUUGCCAUCCUGAGAGAGUACCAUGAGCUUUUUGGGAAGCAGCUGCCUGACCAGGGAAUGAUGGACCACAAAACCAUGGAGGAACAAAAGCGUCAGCUCAACUAUGAACUCAAUACCUCUGGGAAAUAUUUUGCUUUUAAGGAACAGCUUAAGUAUUCUGUGGUGAAGAUUGUGAGGGAGAAAUACCUGAAGACCACAGCAUUUGAGACCAAGGAGAAGCUCCAGGAAUUUCUCAGUGAGCUCUAUGUGUACCUCGUGGACCACAUGCACAUGGCCCUGAACAAGCUCCUGUCUGGGGAAGAUGUUUCUCCUGCCCCUCCACCCUACACAACCAGGAAGCAGCUCUUGCUCUUUGCUCGUGAAGCUGAAGCCAACAAGGACCUCAACCUGGCCUCUCUCUUCUACAAGCAGAGAAUAGCUCGGGACCAGCGCAGCAUCCAGUCCUGGCUGGCCUAUGGAGCCUUCUGCCUCCUGCAUGAGGAUGCCACCAAAGCCCAGGAAUGCUUCCAGCAGGCUGUUUGUCUGGACCCCCAGCACAUCCAAAGCUUGCUGCUCUGUGGCAUUGUGGCUGUCAAGCUGCAGCACUAUGAAGAGGCAGAGAUUUUCUUUGAGGAUGCCUGCUGCUUGGAGCCAUCCAGCAUCAUAGCCUGGACCCUUGCAGGUUUGUUUUAUGAGCUGCAGAAUAAUUACAUUCAGGCAGAAAGGAGCUUCCGUGAGGCUAAGAAGCUCCUGCGAGCAGAGCUUGAGGAGGAGAGGAGGCUCCUUGAGGCUGCUGAGGGAGAGGAGAAAAAGCCCAGUUCUCCCAGCACAGACCCAGAGAAGAUUCCAGACAGCUCAGCUGACAAACCACCAGAGGCUGUGGAGGGUGUGACAUCCAAUGAAGAGGCUACAGCAGUGCAGGAAGUCCCAGAAGCUGCAGAACCUCAGCCACCUCCCUGCACAAUCUUCAUGAAGACAGUGGAAUUCCUGAUGAAAUUCAAUGCUGUCCGGUUUGUCCACAAGGCACUGGCCCACGAGCUGCUGAGCCUUCAGGGAGGCCCCACCUGUGCCUACUACCUGGCCCUGGCCUGGACCUACCUGCUGCGGGAAGACUUCCCCCGGUGUGGGCAGUGCCUGUGCGAGGCCGCUCGCAUCGACCCCUUGAAUCCAAACGUCUGGGCUCAGAAAGGGCACCUGUUCUACCUGCAGAAGGACUUUGACAAAGCAAAGGAUUGCUAUGAGCGAGUCAUCAGCUUUGUGGAGGAUGCUGCAGACAUGCACUUUGUCUACCUGCGCCUGGGCUCCAUCUACCUGGACGAGAAAGAGUACGGCCGGGCCAAGCACAUCUACCUGCUCGCCUGUGACAACUCUGCCUCCUGUCUCACCUGGCUGGGCGUGGGCAUCGCUUGCUACAGGCUGGAAGAGAUGCUGGAAGCAGAAGAUGCUCUCUCUGAAGCCAAUGCCCUAAAUAACACCAACGCUGAAGUGUGGGGAUAUCUCGCCCUCAUCUGCCUGCAGGGCGGGCGGCAGCUGGAGGCGGAGCAGUGCUACAAAUACACGGUCAAGCUCGGCCUGCAGAACGACGCGCUGCUGCAGGAGAUCCGCGCCGCCCAGCACCGCUUCGGCUUCGGCGACCCCUCGCUCUGAGCCCACACAAAGCCCCUCACCCCGGGCACACAAACCCCCUCACCCCGGGCACAUAAAUCCCCCUCACCCCGGGCACACAAAGCCCCUCAACCCGGGCACAUAAAUCCCCCUGGCCCUGGGCACAUAAACCCCCUC